UAGAGGGAAAAUGGAUUCUUUAUUUCACGUCCUGGUUUCUACCUGUCUUGCCUUGACAUUCUCAGAAGGGUUUCUGAUUAUCCAUGUCCAGAAACAGCAGUGUCUUUCAGAAAAGAGAGGAGUCAUUAUGGAAAAGUGCAAUAUGACCAACCUCAACCAGCAGUGGCAGUGGACGGCAGAUGACAGGCUCCUCCAUGUGAAAUCUGCCCAGUGCCUGAGCAUCUCUACACGCUCUGCCCUGUCAUCUCGCAGCAUCACUGUUGAUUGUCCCCACGCAGUCAGGUGGACUUGCCACGAGGAGGAUGGGCUCCUGAAGGUGGCCAACAGCUCGCUCUUUCUCACAAAGCAAGGUCAGAAGGUAAUGGCCAAGCAGAGUAAGAAAUACCUUCAUACAUGGAUGCAGCUAGAAGCCAGCGAGACGGGAAAACCUGUUUAUGUAAAUCUGUGCUCAAAGCAAGAUGUCCAAGAUGCAGACACUUCAGUAUGGAGUACUAGAGCUACAUCCCCCCCUUUCAACGCUGUUACCUCUAGGCCUGAAAAUCUGCUGAAGAGUAGCACAGAGAUGUUCAUCAGAAACGUGACUGAACACUUCAGUAAAAAUCUCAUUGAAAACCUCUCCUUUGACUUGAAAUCUGCAAUAACAGAGAAAUCCUGGAGUCUAACAACUACUCUUCAAUACUCGAGCACUACAGAAGAGGCCGCGCCGGGGGAGGCGGCGGGAUGCAGCGCCAACCUGACGGAGCGGCGCGUCGCCGGGCAGAGCGUCCGGCUGCGGUGGGGCGCCGCGGGCCGCGCCUGCAACUUCAGCCUGUCCGGGCGCUCCGAGGACGGGGAGGCGGCCGGCUGCCAGCCCGCCCCCACGGGCAACGGCUCCUACGGCUGCAGCCUGCGGGGCCUGCAGGCCGGGACCUGGUACCACCUCCGCAUCGAGCCGCUCGCCGGCGGGGAGGCUGUCAACAUCUCCGUGCAGACAGAUCCCUUACCACCAUCUCGUUUUGAAAUUAAUAAGGAAAAAACUACACUCACAAGCUUGCAGGUGCAGUGGGAUCCUUCCUCAGGAAAGGUGGACUUAUAUAACCUGGUAUUAUAUGAUCACAAUAAUAAAAAGAUACAAGAAGUCUCCAUACCAGGAAGAAUUUCAAAAACAGAAAAUACUUUUUCCAGUCUCAUCCCUGGGAAUAAAUACAACAUUGUCCUCAGUGCAGUUGCUGGAAAUAAGAGUACCCCGGAACUUCACAUAAGUGGAUCUACUGUGCCAUCCCCUGUGAAAAAUAUUCAGGUCAGUGUCAAGACAGACACUAUCCAUGCUUCAUGGUCUCCUGGCUCCGGGCACGUGGAUCAUUACAGGCUGGUGUUACUGGAUAAUCAUGUCCCAGUUCAUGAGAUUCACCAAGAAGAUCCUCUGACCUCCUACACUUUUUCAGGACUUACAGCGGGCCACCUGUAUAACCUCUCUAUCAUAACCCAGGCUGCAGGAUUGGAGAGCAGCAGUUUUCAAACAGUCAGGACAGCCCCAGCUGAAGUCUUAGAUUUGACGGUGACUAAUGAUGACAGCUUAGAUGCUUUAAAAGUUAAGUGGAGAAGACCUUCAGGAAACCUCAAUUUCUAUAAUAUCACUUUGUCUCAUCUUGGAUCAGUUAAAGAAGUCAAAACUCUACAGCCAUUGGUCACAGAGACUCACUUUGACAAGCUAACUCCAGGACGUCUUUAUCAGGUUACUGCCCGCACAAUCAGUGGUGAACUGUUCACUGAUCGGAUGGCAACUGGCAGGAUAUCUCCCCAGAAAGUUUCUGAGCUGAGAGCCGGUGGUGGUGGCUGGCUCAGGUCUCUGCGAGUGAACUGGCUGCCCCCUGCGGGAGACUGGGAGAGGUAUCGCCUGCUCCUGUGGAACCGCUCGGUCUUGGUGCUCAAUGCCACCCUCAAGAAGGACACCACGGAGUACCUCAUCCACGAUGUGGGCCUCAUCCCGGGGAGGCAGUACGACGUGGACGUGGUUGUAGAGAGUGGCAAUUUGCAGAGCAAGACCAGCUGCACGGCGAGAACAGCUCCGGAGCCUGUUCUCCAUCUUCGUGUGAAGCAUGCUAAUGAAUCUUCACUUAGUGUCAUGUGGAUGACCCCUGUUGCAGAGUGGGACAGCUAUGUCGUUUCACUGGGAGACAGGGAUCUUACUGUCAUAAAAAAAGGCCUUGCAAAAGAAGCUAAGGAAUUCACUUUCACUGACUUGGUACCUGGAAGAAAAUAUACAGCUACCAUCACUACCAUUAGUGGGAUUUUAAGCAACUGGACUUCAGUGGAAGGAAGAACAGUUCCAGCCCAAGUGACUGGUCUGACCGUGGCAAGUCAGGGAUCAACGAACAGCUUGUUCACCAACUGGACAAGAGCGCUGGGUGAUGUAGACUCAUACCAAGUGCUACUGAUUCACGAGAAUGUUGUCAUUAAAAAUGAGACUGUUCCCAGUGAAACCAACAGAUACCACUUCUAUCCCCUGAAACCUGGAGGACUCUAUUCAGUUGUUGUGACCACUGUCAGUGGGGGGAUAUCUUCAAGGCAAACGAUUGCGGAGGGGAGGACAGUUCCUUCCAGCGUGACUGGAGUAACAGUAAAUAACUCAGGUCGCAGUGACUACCUCAGUGUUUCUUGGCUGCCAGCUUCUGGAGAUGUAGACAAUUAUUUGGUAACACUCUCUCACGAUGACCAGAUUGUUCAGACUCUCACCAUUUCCAAAUCCUUCAGUGAAUGCUCCUUCAGCAGCCUUACUCCUGGGACACUUUACAAUGUGAUGAUAACCACGAAGAGUGGGAAGUAUGAAAAUUAUUCCUUCAGCCAGGAACGAACAGUCCCUUCAAGUGUUCAGGGACUUACUGUCAGCAAUUCAGCCAGAAGUGACUGCUUGAAGGUGUCCUGGUUACAUGCCUCUGGAUAUUUUGAUAAUUAUGAAGUGAUCAUCAAGAACAACAAUGCUUUCAUCCAAACGAAAAGUGUCCCAAAGGAUGAAAAUGAAUGUGUGUUCACUAACCUCGUCCCAGGGAGGCAGUACAGUGUCACAGUCACCACAAGGAGUGGGAAAUACGAAACUAGUGAAAGGGUCUAUGGCAGAACAAUGCCAGAGUCAGUGAAGGAACUGACUCUUAGUAACAGAAGCACAGAAGAUCUGCAGGUAACUUGGUCAAAGGCUGAGGGGGAUGUUGAUAAAUAUGAGAUUCAGCUCCUCUUCAAUGAUAUGAAGAUCUUCCCACCCAUUUUCCUUGGGAACACCGUUGAGGAGUAUUGGUUCACAGCUCUGACUCCAGGACGUCUAUACAAAAUUCUUGUCUUGACAAUCAGUGGAGAUGCACAACGUGCUACUUUCAUAGAAGGCCUGACAAUUCCAAGUGCGGUCAGAAACAUUCAUGUGUCACCUAACGGCAUGACAAACAGCCUGAAAGUGAGCUGGACUCCUGGAGGUGGAGAUGUUGAUUCCUACACAGUGACUAUAUUUCAGCAAAACCAUCAGCUUGAUUCCCAGAGUGUCUCCAAACACGUCUCUGAGCACAUGUUUCACAAAUUGGAAGCUGGGGAGCAGUACUGGGUGGUGGUGCAAUCUAACAGUGGCACCUUGCACAACAGCUUAGCAGCUUUUGGGAGAACAAUUCCAGCCUCUGUCCAGGAAUUAUUAGCCCAUCAUGCUUACAGCAGUCAUUCCUUGUUAGUAACCUGGCAGAAGGCUCCUGGUGUGGCUGAAAGAUACGACAUUCUGCUCUUGAAUGAGCAAGGAAUCCUCCUGAGCAACAAAUCAGAGCCAGCUACUGCCAAACAGCACAAAUUUGAAGAUUUAUUAGCCGGCAAGAAGUAUAAAAUACAAGUUUUGACAGUUAGUGGCGGGCUCUUCAGUAAACGAGCAGAAACUGUUGGUCGAACAGUUCCAGCAGCUGUCACAAAUCUGAAGGUCACAGAGAACACCACUGACCGACUGUCCUUCAGCUGGACCACCUCACAGGGGGAGCUUGAUUCAUAUGACAUCUUCCUAUACAACCCAGACAAGUCCCUUCAUGACAGGAUUUCAGGAGAGCAGCACCUCCAGCAAUGUUCAUUCCAGAACCUGCGGCAAGGCAGGAUUUAUCGAAUGGUGAUUGUUACCCACAGCGGAGACCUCACUAAUGAGUCAUCUGUCUUUGGAAGAACAGUACCAGCCCCAGUUGUUGGUCUGAAGGCAUCCAACCGAAACAUGACAGACAGUCUGUGGUUCACCUGGGGUCCAGCAGCAGGAGAUGUUGACUUUUAUGAGCUGAAUCUUUACAACCCGAAUGGGACACAGAAAGAAACAUGGCACAGGAAAGACCUGAAAGAAUGGCAUUUCCAGGGGCUCAUUCCUGGCAGAAAGUACACUCUGGUUGUGGUGACUCACAGUGGUGACCUGACCAACACAGCGAACGCUGAAGGAAGAACAGCACCCAGCCCUCCCAACACUGUAUCCUUUACUGAUGUUGCAAACACUUCUUUAUCAAUCACUUGGCUGGGUCCUCCAGACUGGACAGACUAUGACGAUUUUGAGUUGCAGUGGCUUCCAAAAGAUCCCCUCACAGUAUUCAAUCCCUACAGCAGCAGCAAAUCAAAAGUACGCAUCAUCUAUGGCCUGCGACCAGGAAGACUCUAUGAGUUCAGCGUCAGAACAGUCAGUGGCGACAGCUGGAAGACAUACAGUCAUUCACAAUCUGCAAGUGUGAGAACGAAACCAGACAAGAUACAAAGUCUUCAUUGUCGGCCCCAGACCUCUACUGCCAUUGCAUGUUCCUGGACUCCUCCGGAUUCUGACUUCGAUGGGUAUAGCGUCGAAUGCAAAAAACUGGACACUCGUGAAGUGGAAUUUUCUAAAAGGAUAGAUAAAGACAAAUCUCUGCUUAAUAUCAUGACCCUCGUUCCCCACAAACGAUACUUGGUGUCCAUCAAGGUGCAUUCUGCAGACAUGACGAGUGAAGUAGUUGAAGACAGCACCAUCACAAUGAUCGACCGUCCCCCUCAGCCACCUCCAGACAUACGAGUGAACAAAAAAGAGGUGCUGAUUACCAAAUCCUCCAUCAACUUUACUUUUAACUGCAGCUGGUUUAGUGAUACUAAUGGAGCUGUGAAGUACUUUACUGUGGUUGUGAGGGAGGCUGACGGUAGUGAAGGACCAAAGCCUGAUGAGCAGCACCCAUUACCUUCCUACCUGGAGUACAAACACAAUGACUCUAUACGCAUCUACCAGACAAAUUAUUUUGCCAGUAGAUGUGCUGAAAACCCUGACAGCGACUAUAAAAGCUUUGAAAUUAAGCUUGGAGGAGAAAUGGAAAAUCUGGGAGGAAGGUGUGAUCCAGAUCAGCAAAAAUUCUGUGAUGGACCUCUAAAGCCUCGGACUGCUUAUAGGAUCAGCAUACGGGCUUUUACCCAGCUCUUCAGUGAAGACCCGAAGGAACUCCCUAAACCUCUAUUUGCAGACACUUUCUUCUCUUUACCGAUCACUACAGAGGCAGAGCCUCUGUUUGGAGUUAUUGAAGGUGUGAGUGCUGGCUUGUUUCUGAUUGUAAUGUUAGUGGCUGUUACUGCUUUAUUUGUCUGCAGACAAAAAGUUAGCAAUGGCCACGAAAGACCUACAUCAAGGCUGAGCAUUCGCAGGGACAGACCACUGUCAGUCCACCUGAACUUGGGGCAAAAAGGGAACAGGAAAACUUCCAGUCCGAUCAAAGUCAGUCAUUUUGAAGCACACUUCACCAAACUUCAAGCAGACUCCAACUACCUCCUGUCCAAGGAGUAUGAGGACUUAAAAGAUGUGGGUCGAAACCAGACAUGUGACAUAGCACUUCUGCCAGAGAACAGAGGGAAAAAUCGAUACAAUAAUAUAUUGCCCUAUGAUACAUCAAGAGUGAAGCUUUCCAAUGUGGACGAUGACCCUUGCUCAGACUACAUUAAUGCAAGCUAUGUACCAGGCAAUAAUUUCCGCAGGGAAUACAUAGCGACUCAGGGCCCUUUGCCUGGUACCAAAGAUGAGUUCUGGAAGAUGGCAUGGGAACAAAAUGUUCACAAUAUUGUCAUGGUAACCCAGUGUCUUGAGAAGGGCCGGGUGAAGUGUGAUCACUACUGGCCCAUUGACCAGGAUUCCUUGUACUAUGGAGACCUGAUCGUUGAGAUGCUGUCUGAAUCGGUGCUCCCAGAAUGGACAAUACGAGAGUUUAAAAUCUGCAGCGAAGAGCAGCUUGACUCAACGAGGCUCAUUCGUCACUUCCACUACACUGUCUGGCCAGAUCAUGGUGUACCGGAGACCACCCAGUCCCUGAUCCAGUUUGUCAGAACUGUAAGGGAUUAUAUCAACAGGACCCCAGACACAGGACCAACUAUCGUGCACUGCAGUGCUGGUGUUGGCAGGACUGGCACAUUCAUUGCACUGGACCGAAUUCUGCAGCAGCUGGAUUCAAAGGACACUGUUGACAUUUAUGCAGCAGUACAUGAUCUAAGGCUUCACCGGGUUCACAUGGUUCAGACAGAGUGUCAAUAUGUGUAUCUACAUCAAUGUGUGAGAGAUGUGUUAAGAACCAGAAAACUUCGCAGUGAACAAGAAAAUCCCUUGUUUCCAAUAUAUGAAAAUGUGAAUCCAGAAUAUCACAGAGGUAGAGCAGGACUGGAGGAGGCCAAGGACUGAAAUAACCAGGGUUCCACAAAUUGGGAGUGCUAGCAAAAGCAGAGGUGGGAUCUGCUCUUUAGCUGUCUCAUCAGUCACCAGCCUGCGCUGCUGCCACACAACCACCUUUCAGAGCACUGUAGUCAGCUGGCAGAGCUGAACAUGAAACCACCUGGGUUGUUUUAUUUUUUCUAAUCUCAGUUUUCCUUGCUUUCAGAUGCUGUUUAUUCAAGGCACUAAGAAUGUUACAGGCAACUGCUUUUGUGACCACAUUUGUUAACUAGGGGUUUUGUUUGGGUUUUUUUAUGUAUGUAUUUCAUGCACUAGAAAGGUGCCAGACCUUUCUGUUGAGACUGUGUAUAAUUUAUUGGUCUGGUGAUUUUUUUUAAAGAUCUAUAAUUUAAGUGUAAUAGAUAUUAAUGUAUAUAAUUGUAUUUUGGCAUUAUGUAAAUAUGUAUUUUUUCUGUAUUGUUUAUAUUAAUAUUAAGCUUCAGAUAAUACUAUUUUUUUCUUAUCACAGUUUUUAUGAGCUGUUCUACAUAAAGUAUUUUAAAUUGUAUGGCUAACAGGACUGCUGCGUUUGGGGCAGGUUAUGUAUUGGCAUGUAACAGACAGGAAAAAUCCUAUAAGGAGAACCUCAUUUGUUUUAACUAGUUCAGUGUUUGUGAGAUAAAAUAAGCUACUAUUAAGCAAGGGAACAGUAGUCCUCUAUAGGAAUUACAAUGCUACUCUACACUUUAAAGUUACUGCUUGUGAUCUGACGAAAAUGGGUGUAACCCAUAACACAAUGACAUACCUUUUACAGAACUCAUUAACAGCCAAGCAAAACAGGGUCCACCUCAAUAGAAGCAACUGUUUCAGUCUAAUGUGAUGUAGUAGAAAAAUAUAAAACACCACACGCUGCCAUGAAGUCUAGCAGACCUUUCCCACACACAUGCUUUGAGUGGAGACAGGUCACAUUGUGAUUUCUUUACACUGGUUUGAGAGAGCAGAAUCAGACCACAGCCUGUGUCUGUGCAUUUUCACUUAUGUACAAUUAUAAUGAGAAAGGUAUUCAAGGAAACGCUUCAGACAUUCACGUUAACAGACCUGUAAGGAUGUGAAGUCUCACAACUUCAAUAGCUUAUUAAAAACAAUGCUGUACCAUGACAGCUAAAAAAAUAGAGAUUUAUAAACGUAUAGAAAUAAGGACAUAUAAAGGUAUAUAUCCCACAGUUUACACAACUGGUUUCGGCCUUAAGCCGCUUGCAGCAUAGCUGCCUUGGCCUGAGUGUUGAUCUCCUUUGAAUGCCACUUGCUUUCACAAAGGGAAAGCGUAGCCCCAGCAUGUCUGCAUAGAAAGACUCCUCCACUUAGAUGUUGCCUGAUGUCACCACCACAAGGGCAGAUGGAACAGAAAAAGGCUCAUCAGUAAACCAGGGGAUAUAGGCUGGCAGGGCUGUGCUAAUCAUUGGAUGACUCAAAGCAUUUAGUGAUUGGCAACAAGUACAGUCAAAAAGCAUUCACCAGGUAUGAUGCCCAGCCAAGCAGAUUAGGCACAUCCUCUCUCCUCUGCAAAGAGGCUUCUCAUUCAAAGGACUGAUUUGAACACUCUGUUCACCUAUUCUUCAUCUCUAUAAAACACUCUUCAGACAAAUAGAGAAGAGGCAGUACACAGUUCUCCUCCAUCACAAAAAGAAGGAAGGGCUUAGUAGUUCUCCUUUUAUAUAUCUACCCGUACCUAGAGAAAACUUAGCUUGCUGCUGAAGACAAGUGCCUAAAUUCCACUUCUAUUUUGGAGAGAAAUAAAUCUUUCUGAAAGUCUCCAGAGAACCAGCCAAUACACCUAAGUGCCUAAGUGAGGAACUGCUGUGGCCCUGGGCCAAGACUGCUGUGAUUUCACCAUGACUUAUUGGAGCCACACUCUCCUUGCGGUAGGAACAGCUUCCUGACGAUGACUGAAGAAAUCUGCAAGGGAGGUCUAACAUAGUUUUCUUAAAUCGUUCCAAAUCAGAACCAGCAGGACUACGCACACCCAUGUCAUUCCGGUUUUCCUAGAGAGAUGGAAACAGCCUGAUAGUCCCUCUUCCUUCCUGCUCCAUCUGGAGUCUCAUCCUUUCUUGACCCAGUAUCUUCAUGUGCCUCAGAAGCCACCCUUCAUAUCAGCUUUCACAGAGCAUGUAAGAACAUGCUCAGAACAUGUAAGCUUGGUUAAUCUUUCAGGGGUCUCUGUAUGAAAAUACUGCUUAUUCCUCUUGUACAUCCUUUUUGGCCCCAGACAAACCUCAAGAUUCACCACCCUUAGUGGGAUCUGAAGAAGAAGGGAACUAGCAUUGUGGUGGAAGCCAUUUUCACAGAGGGAAAUCUAAGCAAAACCGCAAAGAAAUGUGCAGAUUUUCUUCAGGCCCCUUUUUGCUCUGUUUCCUUUGCUAGAUAGACUCUAGGUUAGCAAGCAAGGACAAACAAGCAUGGCAGCUUUAGAUUGAUCAUUGACCUUGCUAUAACAGCUGAACUUAGGGCAUCAUGAAAUUGCCAUUGUAUUACGUGCGCUGCAUUUAGACCUUUCUUUUUGCAGCGGUAGCUGAGGAAUGAAGAUCACCACGUUAGUUACCAGCAGUACAAUUACAUUGUGAAGACGUACGAAAUGUAACCUAUAAAUUAUCUCACACUAUAUAUUACUAUGUCAUUUUUUUAUGCUGAGGGAAAUGGAACUCACUCAAUAAUAUAUGAUCUGAGGGCAAAAGUCUGAUUGUAUACUAUGUAUGCACGUUGUUCAUCAUUUUCAGAAAGACACACAUAGUUCUGCUCUUUCUUCUAACAUUGUUUCUCAACUCCGUCCUCCACACCUACAGAGUUCACGAAUCUGCACCCAAAAUGACAAUGUUGUAGUAGACAGCUAUUUUCAUCUUUUUUCUCAGCUAAUAACGGACGCAGUUCAUAAGCCUCUUCCUCCUCAUCACUUAAUAACAUGACAGAUGACCUUAAACACUCUGGCACAAUACUCUUGAGCAGCUUUACAUCUCUCCCUGGCCAGGUCAUACGUGAGACUGUACACACACAUUAUUGCUCUGUUUCUGCUUUCUAGCCAAUUCUGGUCAUAUGAAACCAGUGUAAAUCCACUGAGAAUAAGUAAAAAGUAUCUAUGUAGCAUUUUGUUAAUGUUAACACCUACUUAGCAGUAUAAUUAAUUAUAUUUACUGGCCUCUAAGCUGAAUAACAAGACCGAUGGGAAAUUGGUAAUGUAUCAAGGAGCCUAUGUACUGAACAAAGAAAGCUCUUAAGGAAAAAGACAUCCUCUGCUGAAGAGGAUGUUUCUCUUUUGAAUGUCUACGAAUGAUGUUCAGAAUUCCCUUCUUGAUGUUUCCCAAUAAUAAUGUUAUAAAGCAAGGCUAGUGUUGUUACUGAUCCAUAAGCUAAGAUUUGCACACUUGGAGCCCAGUCCUGUGAAUCUCUGCAUUGUCCACAAAGCUACCUGAGUACUUUCAUGAAAGUCAACUGGAAUGCUUGCCUGAAGAAUAUCAUUCCACUCCUGAAGCACUUGCAGGGUUGGGCUUUUAGGUUAAUUCAAAUUUUUUUAUUGAAAUUUAUUUAAUAAUAAAAAAAUUGUAACUUUUUUUAACCUGUGCAAUACAAUUACAAGAUCCACUACCGAUUGUAGGAAAAAAAAAAAAAGAUUUUGCAUAGCUGGAGUUGAUACGUGAUAUUUUUUGUUACUAAUGGAACACAAAAGUGGGUGAGAGAAAUAGGCAUACUGUGAAGAUGUCAUAGAAGUGCAACUUUAUAAAUUUUUCUCUGCUGCUAUAGUUAUUUAUACAGCUUAUAUACGUGCCUAAAAUUGCCAGAAAUAUUAUUUUAUGCCAUGAUAUACUAUGAAUUUCCUUUCACUUGUAGAACAGAGAAAAGAAAAUGUGUGAGCUUUAAGUUUAUAUUAUGUAUUAUAUACGGUUAUUUACACUUUGACUUUGAAAGCAAAAAGUUAAAUACUAGACAGACAGGAGUACAUGAGCACUUAGCUGUGCUCCUUAGCCUGGGAGUUAAUAUAUGGGCUAGAGGGAUGAGAACAAUAACCAUCUAAUGACUGUAUUAGCAUCUCCUCCCAGGGCCACAGAUCGGAGAAACACAUCUGACAUUCAGAGAUACAGCCUACCGCAGCCACAGCUUCGCUACCAAGGAGUGGCAUGGCAGGUGCUUACAUUUUUUCAGAUUUCCUUCAGUACUUCAGACAUGCAGUUUGUGUGAAUAUAAUGCAAUAUAAAAUGACAACGACGCCCCUGAUGGCCCUGUCACAGACAUUCGGGCUCUGGAGCUGUGAGAUCUGGGACCUGUAGUCCCAGGAGGCUGUGAGUUUGAAUAGAAGAUGAGUGUGCACCCCCAUACUUAGGCAGCUCACUGUGGACUGCAUGCCCUUGACUGUCCCUCUCAGGCUGACGAAGUCAAACUCCUGACCUGUUGGUAGCACCACUAUGGCCAAAGCAAACUUGUCUGUUAUCAGUGACCUCACAGAUCAACAGCUAGUUCAGACUAGGAUUUGAUUUUUAAGACUGGCAGGAAAUACUGGAGACUAGGGACUAGCUAAAUUUAGCAAAUACUGUGGAAUUUGGGCACAUACAGUGUCUAUGAUGCUGGUAGAUUGAUAUGCAUGAUGAUUUGGUUGUUUCUUGGUUUAUUUGAAAGCUAAAGAAAUACUGUAAGUAAUGUCAAGUAGCUAAAUAUAUAUUGCUCUACAGCAGGGCAGUAUGUUAUAGUGAAAAAACCCCACGAUUUUGAAGUGUGGCUAGCCAUAAAUUCUUUGCCAGUGCCUGGAGUAGUGUCUGAAAAACAUCUUCAGCACAUAUUCCAUUCUCAUAUGCUAUAUAAUUACUUAUACCUGUGUUCCUAACAAACACUGGGUGAACACAGAGUUGUGCCACUAUUGUCAAUUUAAUUUAUGUAUUUGUUAAGUAUAUUUUUAUAUUUUUAACUACAGUCAACAAAUCAAAUAUAUUUGCGUGUAUUUUACACAUUUUUAUAAAUAGUUCAUGAAUAAAACAUUCAUUU